AUGAAACGCACCACCAACAGCACAAACAACUUCCGAGCACAAGACUCUGCGGAGGAUAAUGACAGGAUGCAUGCUUCGUGUCACCAUGGAGAGCAUCACGAUGAAGAGGAGAGUAAUCGAUUACUUCCAACACACACCAAGACUACACAAAAACUGCACUCUCCAUCCACAUCCUCUGCUUCAUCCAUUUUUCAUCACGCUUUCACCACUUCUACUAUACCUGCAGGAAUGACAGGAAGGACCUUGUCAACAACAACAAGUGCUACUGCUAGCACUACUAGUCAUAUAUCUGCUCAUUCAUCAUCCAACACUACUAGUAGUUGUCUUGAUGUUGUUACCGCUGAUGAAACAUCACGACGACAACAUCACGACAAUAUUGUCCUCUCACUCGAACAGGCCAUUGUCAACAACAAUGACGAUGAUGACGGCAACGACGAAGAACCUCUCCUCUCUCCAACUUCCUCUACUUCUUCCAUUUCUGGUGUAGAUUUAGUUUUGGAUGCUUGUUUGCAAUGUUGUAGUGGUUGUUGUGAUCAUCCUUCUUCAUUAUCAACUACUACCACCUCCAACUCUACCACUUGUUCUUCUUUCCUUCUCUCUUAUAUAUUCCUCAUCAUUCCUAAACAAUUUGUUUAUUUGAAAUAUCUUUUCGGAAAUACAAGUGGUGCCAGCACAUCUCCAAUGAUAACAGGACAUCAACAACGUUGUCAGUCCAUGUCCUCUUCCUCUUCCUCCUACUUUAAAGACAAACCACUGGCAUGGUGUAUGGUAGGCUCUCUCCUAUGCUUGCUUGUUUGGAGCGUUUAUCUCCUCAAAGUCAUGCGUGAAUUCCAUACUGAGGCACCACCCGGAGUGGCCUCCCUUAAAAAUGCAGCAACGAGAAAGCCUCAAAAACAACCCUUCACUAAUUAUGAUCAAUAUUAUUUACAGGAUGAUGGAAUGGAAUAUGAAAAAACAUCAUUACAGUCUCAUAGCGGAUUAUUUUGUACUCAUCACGUCAAGUCCGCCCAUUUCCGAAGUUGUCUUGUCUAUAAUCUAUGCUACCGAAAUGGAACCUAUUUAUAUUUUAAUAGUAAGGAUGUUACCACUCAUUAUCCUGUCGAGUUUGAUUUACAAGGUCUUGAAACUAAAAGACUGAAUGGCUUAUUUGAUUUGGUUUCACUCGAGGGAAGAACAAAAUCUGAAGAUGCGCAACGAGGUAAAUUAAUUGUUCAUGCUCUCUCUCAAUCCAUUCAAGAAUAUCAACAAGAACAUUCCAUAUCGAAUAUUCAUUGGGUUACAAAGAGAUCUGUCUUGUUGAAAAGACAUCGAUGUUCAAAUGCAGCUCAUUGUCUUUUUGAAACCAUUUAUCCUACUUUUGCAUUGUUGAAAGAAUUUUUUGAUAUUCAUCCCUUAAAGAAUAUUAAGAAAUUUGUGAAUAAUUAUUUAAUAUUUGCUGAGCAAGAGGAUGAAGAAUGUGAUUGUGAAAAAGACAUGCUCACUUGUGGUACUGAGGAGGGUGAGUCAAAAAAGAAACAAAAAUUGUGCAAAAAAUUUGUAACUCAGUAUGGCAAGAUUAUUUCAAAACAUUCAAACAAAUUAAUUCGAGAAUUUACAAAAGAACAUGAUUUGGUCUGUUGGAAAAGUGUUGUCAUGGGAGGUUCUUCCUAUGGAUUAUUCAAUGAUCACGGAUGGCACAAUGUUGGUGGAAUGGUUAAAGAAUUUAGAGAUUUCACAUAUGCCAGAUUUAGAACAGCAAUGAGAACUCCCAAACAAAUUCUCUUCCAAGAGAAAGUAUUGAAUGUUAGAAUUAAUGUCAAAACUGGUAUGAGAACCUAUUUGAGAAAUAUUUUGCAUGCAGACAAAUUGGUCGAGUUGGCUAAACGAGACUUUAAAACAUUUUAUCACAAAAAAUCGAAUACUGUCUUUAAAGUAGAUUUCCAAACGUUUGUAUUUGAUAACAUGACGAUAGAAGAGAAGGUUCAGUACAUGCAAGAUACAGAUGUAUUUAUUGCUCCUUUUGGAUCUGCAAGCUAUGAAUCAGUAUUUCUUUCUAGUGGUGCUGUGUUGUUUACUUUCCCUGAUGGAUUUCCACCAAACAGAAUCCAAAACCGAAUUACAGAUCACACACUAUUCCAUUCCUACAUGCACUACCAGAACAUUAUUUACCCUAUUGAAGCGUCAGAAUUGGAGUACGAGAAAGGAAUUGAUAUUGGGCAUUAUAGUUGGAGUUGGCAUAAGACUAGACUACUUAUUGCUCGUUCUUUAAAUAUGAGACUGGAUUAUUUAUUUGCAGUAUUGCCUUCGUACGCUAUGAAAGGCCAAUCCCGCAGCACAGUACCUCCAUUAAGUAGCGGUCGGUAA